GUUCAGCGAAGAGAACGUCCUGCUUCUGCAUGAUGUCCUCGCGCUCUCCAAACACCUGCCUACGAUCGCCCCGAUGCUCGUCCGGAUCAUCGACUCAUGCCUGAGUCAAGCAGAUCCAGACCCGCAAACGGAGUAUGCAGACUCAUGUACAAAUUCUGCCUGGGUGAUCGGGGCAUGUUUGGAAUGCCUUUCGGCGCGGCCUUCAGAGGAAUGGGGCAAAACCGCCGACAUGUUGGUCUGGGCACGGACAAUCGUCCUGAGAUGGGGAUGGUCCAGUAAUGCGUUAGGCGGGCUCGUUUCUGUGGUUCAAGCCAGCGGUUCGACGUCUCAGACUAUCCCGUUCGAGGAGCUCUACCCUUUUCUUCAAUCACCCUUACUUUCUCAUUCUCGUCCUCUCCGACUUGCGUGUCUCCGGCUACUCGCUUCGUCAUUGACAAAGGUAAACGAAGGGACGUCCGACGCUAUCGAGCGCUGUUUGCAAGCAGAGGAGAUCUCUCUGGACGUGAAAGGCUCUCGCGAGCGAGCGUUGCGGAUCAACAGGUUGCCUGUUGUUGUGAGGGAUGGGGAUGACCGAGGAGCUGACAUCGCGGCGAGAUGGUCGAUCGCGCAACUGAAAGUCAAUCUCCGCCCCUUGUGGAUACCCGCAGCGCACACUAUGUCGGCUCUGGCCGAGCGCUUCGGUGACUUAGUCUGGGGCUUGCUCUUUGCAGAAGUGCAGGCUGCUACUAGCGACCGUGCGGCCAGUAGCGUCCCCAACUGGCUCCAGGAAGCAGAAGCAAGCGACGACAACAUUUGGGAGGAGGAACGCACGUGGAGAGAUCCGAGUGCGCACAAAGUGCGCAGCGCUAUGCAGAAGUGGUAUCGUGGUGAUGCGACCAAGCGCGCCGUCGUAAUGGACCAAGAUACUGGUGAUCGCUUCGAUGCAGCGUCGUACGAGCUCCAGCUCCUCUCUGCUCUGGGCGAAUGCUCGUCGCUAGCCGAGAAGCACAGUCGAGACCUUGUCCCUCACUUCCUCGCACUCUCCAGUCCUUCGUCCACGUCCCCAUCCAGACUCCCUCGGCAUAAGCUCUCAGCAUGGCUCACGCUCUUCUCAAAGUUCGUCAACCCGAAGGCGCUGCGUUCCACGGACACCCUACAUGCUCUCUACACUUCCCUACUCUCGCACCCCGAUCGCUCUCUCCAGCGACUCGCUCUUUCUUGCAUCCUCACAUACAAGAGCCCGCAUCUAGUACCUCGGGAGGGUAAUCUGAGGGAGCUUCUGGACGACACGCGAUGGCGAGACGCCCUGACGCAGCUCGAGAUCAGCGAGAUCGCGGAGUCGGACAGGGCGGAGGUGGUCCCUGUCGUAAUCCGUCUGCUGUUUGGGCUGAUGCUCGAGAGACGAGGACGGGCGCGAGGAGCGGAUCGGCGCGCAGCUGUGCUGUCUGCGUUCGGCGGCUGUCAGGACGAGGAGCUGUACCUCCUUGUCGAGCUAAUGCUCCAGCCCAUCAUGCCGGACGGUACCCGGAAGACAGAUCCCUUCGUGAUUCAAUCUAUACCGCCGGAGGUGUCGGAGAAGCAACAGAUCGGCUUCUUGACCCUCCUGGGCGACGUUGUUAAGCAGCUGGGCUCGCGAUUGGUCACUCGUUGGCCUGUCUUGCUGCAGGCUCUACUCGACGUGCUUGGCAGCGCUCAGCGUUGCAUGAGCGCCCGCAGAGGUGAAGACGCGCAGGACGAAGACCAGGACGGUGAUGCAGAGUCGGACGACGAGGAAGGGAAUGCAGCGGAAGGGACCUCGAGGAAUACGAAGACAAUACGGUCGCUCGGACUGAAGCGGUUUGCGGACUUCUUCCGAUGCCCUGCUUCCUUCGACUUCACGCCCUACAUGCCGGAGGUCUUUAGAGCCAUCAUCUCCCCUCGUCUCCCGAGGCUCGAUCAAGAGAAUACUCAGGCACCUUCUGCGCUCCUAGAGCUAUUCUACAUAUGGACUCUGCGAGAUGAUCAUGUGAGAUUGCUCAUCGAGCAUGAUCAGCUCACUCUUCCCAAGGUCUAUGACUGCCUCGUGGCGAGUAAUGUCAAGCCUUCGGUCAUCUCCAAGGUGUUGGACAUCGCCGAGCACGUUGUAUCGCUCAGUGCCGAAGAUGAACCCCUCCGCGAACAGCUGCUAAAGCCGCAUGUCUCUGUGCUGUUGACGAAUCUUUCCAUCCUAGUCGAGCGUACGAGGGGUAUCACUUCGGUGGCAGACAACCUUGGUCGCCGGCAAAUCGCCAUCUUGUCGCAGAUCGCUCCGUACCUGACCGAUGCUACGCAGGCUUCCACUCUCCUGGCUCUGUUCUUCCCUCUCUUACGCAAACCGUCAAAGCUCAUCCCAGAGAAGGUCAAGGCGGAUCUCGCAACUAUCAUGUGCUACCUCUUCCCUCUCGUUCCCGAGCUUUCCGAUGAACAUAGUGAUACAUUCUGCAAGACAUUCGCAUCCAUUUCGCAGCUGUUCCAAGCUCUUCGGUCGAGACCAGCGCAAAUGGCACUCCUGGCUGCCUUCAAGGCACUCGCAGCAGUCCAUCCGUCCCUUUCCGGCCUGGCGGAGCUGAUGGAGUCUCUCAACGCUUUUUCCACGAAGAGAAUAGAUGAGCCCGACUUCGAUCGUCGUCUCGCAGCCUUCGCGUCGCUCAAUGAAGUCAUGUACAAGACCCUCUCUUCACAGCAUUGGUUGCCGGUACUCUACAACAUGCUCAGCUUCGUCCAAGAUCCCGAGGAGCUCACCAUCAGGAACAAUGCUGCAAUGGCCAUGAAGCGUUUUGUCGAGGUUUUGGCCGACAAAAUCGCUGUGUACGAGGCUACCUGGUCCAAGGUGCUUUACCCGGGCUUGAGGAAUGGUCUGCGGUCUAGGAACGAGCUCGUCCGGGCGGAGAUCCUUGGCGUUUUGGCGUACGCGGUCCUCAAAUGCGACAACAUUGCCUCACUCCACGAAAUGCGCCCUCUGCUCGCCAACGGUGAUGAAGAGGCGAACUUCUUCAACAACAUCCACCACGUCCAAUUGCAUCGUCGCACGCGCGCGAUGCGGCGUCUUGGGGAGUAUUGUGACGAAGGGUGUCUACGCAGCACUACGUUGUCCGAACUAUUCGUACCGUUGAUCAGCAACUAUAUGCAGUCUAGCGCGACCAUCGACCAUACGCUCGUCAAUGAGGCUAUAACUGUGACCGGCCGAAUGGCACGGAAGCUAAAUUGGGGGGCCUACUACGGUGUCGCGCAGCAAUAUCUGAAGUUGUCCAAGUUGAAGAACGCCUCCGAACGGAUUUACAUCCGGGCGUUGGUCGUUGUUCUAGAUAACUUCCACUUCGAGAUGACAGACCGCGUCGAAGAACAGAUUGGCGGUGAUGAAAUCGACGAAGAUGAAGGGCAUGGCCCUGACGACGAGGAGCAAGCCCCUUUAGAGCCUCUUGUUCACGUAGUGUCCACGCAGACAUCUCGAAUCGCGGACGCGGUCAGCAAUCGUCUCCUUCCCAAACUGCUACAACAUCUCGAAGGCCGUGACGAAACGGAGGACAGCCUCAGGAUACCCGUGGCCAUAGGCAUCGCGCAGAUUGCGAAACAUCUACCGGAGAGCGCACGUGAGAUGCAGAUUGGCAGGCUGUUCACUGUUCUGAGCCAGAUCCUUCGCAGCAAGUCUCAGGAAACACGCGAUCUUACUCGCGAGACGCUCUGUCGCAUAGCAGUCAAUCUCGGCCCGUCGUAUCUCCCUCUUAUACUACGAGAGUUACGAGCUGCUCUGGCUCGUGGACCCCAGCUGCACGUAUUGGCUUUCGUCACGCACGCAUUACUCGUGCACGUUACGAGUGGAGAUCACGCAACACACUUUGCCACAUUGGACAACGGUGUCAACGACAUCGCGCAUGUUUCCGCAGAAGUCAUCUUUGGAGAGUCUGGAAAGGACGUGCAGUCGGAGGACUUCAAAACGAAGAUGCGGGAGGUUCGUUCCUCCGCCUCAAAGGCACUCGACACCUUCACCAUUACUGCGAAGUUCAUCUCCCCUUCCAAGAUCAGCGCUCUCUUACUGCCCGUCCGCAACAUCAUGAAGCAAACAGAGUCGUUGAAAGUCCUCCAGCAAGUCGAUGAUUUGCUACGUCGGGUUGCGGGCGGUUUAAAUGCGAACCAGCACCUGCACCCAACUGAUCUGCUUGUUCUGUGCCACACUCUUAUCAGUCAAAACGCUCGUUUUUUGAAGUCGGUCCCACCUUCUCGCAAGAAGGCCGGGAAACACUCAGAGGCCAUCGUGCAGACGAAACGGAAGAUUGAUGAGCUUGUAGAUCAUUACGCCAACAAUUCAUUCAGGUUCGUCGCGUUUGGCCUUGAGUUGUUCAUUACCGCACAUCGUCGAAGUCGAUUCGAUUUCGAAGACAGAGCUAUCAUCGCUCGAUUGGACUCCAUGGUCCCCGUCAUCGGAAACACGCUCUAUUCUGAUCGUAUGGAGGUUAUCCUUCCUGCUCUAAAAGCCACAGCUGCCAUCGUGAAAUGCCCCGUGGCGUCCAUUGAGAAGACGCUACCGGUGUUCAUCCGACAGAUGAUAGACAUAAUCAGGCAAGCCGGGAAUACAGAGGCCGAUGCUGUACAGACUGCAUUGAAGUCGCUGUCUACAGUUCUGCGUAACCAAUCAGCGGCGCAAGUCAAGGAGCAAGAUCUCGUCUACCUGCUGGAGCUCAUUUCGCCUGACAUCGAAGACCCGAGUCGACAAGCGGCCGUGUUCGCCAUGUUCAGGGCAAUAGUAGCCAGGAAGUUCGUUGUGCCAGAAAUAUACGACGUCAUGGACAAGGUGUCGGAAGUCAUGGUAACAAGUCAAUCUCCUCAAGUCCAAGAGCUCUGCCGCGGCGUUCUCCUCCAGUUCCUUCUCGAUUAUCCGCAAGGAAAAGGUCGGCUGCGCAACCAAAUGACAUUGCUGGCGAGGAAUCUGUCGUACGUCCACGAGAGUGGUAGGAAAUCGGUCAUGGAACUGCUCAGCGCUAUCGUCGCCAAGUUCGAAGCCGGGCUGCUUCGCGAGUACGCCGACAUGAUGUUCGUAGCGCUGGUUAUGGUCAUUGCCAAUGACGAUUCUGCGAAGUGUCGCGAGAUGGCAUCCGAGCUGAUCAAGAGUCUUUUCUCGCGACUAGCAGACGUUCAGCGGAACGUCAUCAUGUCACAUCUCCACUCCUGGGCAUCCCAGCACGAACGCGUCCAGCUUUCCCGAGUGUCGUAUCAAGUCUCCGGUAUCAUCAUUGAUCUAUUGCAGAACAACGUCUCCCCAUAUCUCCCUGCCAUAUUGGACGACCUGAACAAUGCCCUGCAGAAUAGUCGGCGAUCGCUCGAUUCGACCUCUCUAGAGUCUGCGGAGUCUGUAGGAGAAGGUUUUGACUGGCAGGCCCCAUACCAUGCUCUUCUAGUCGCCGCCAAGAUAUUGAAGGUAUCUCCUCGUUCGUCGGAGACCGUCGCAUGGGGACCGGUCACCGAACAUCUCCUAUUUCCGCAUGCCUGGGUUCGCUCGGCAGCAUGUCGUCUUCUAGGACAACUGUUCGCUGCUACCCCUGUUGGUGCUCCUCAGGAGCAGUUGCCAGACGACUCUCCUUUCUCUCGCAAGGGAAUGGAAGAUGUCGCCAAGAGACUCUGCCUCCAGCUUCGUAGUCCUAACCUCGACGAAAGCCUCAGCGUUCAAAUAGUCAAGAAUCUGUUCUACAUUGGGAAGUGUUUCUAUGCCUCGGACACCCCAAUUUUGUCGAAUCGCCCUUCUGGCGACGACGUCGUGCGGGAGGCGAUCGCGGAGGCGGACGAUGAAGAGGCGCAAAGCGAGGACACAGGCAGAAAUCAGUUGCCUUGGAUGUUCUCGAAGCUGUCUCAUCAAGCUCGCCACGCCCAUAUUACGAGAAGAAACAAAGCUUCGAGCCCGGCGAACUGGAUCCACCAGCCAUCCUCUAUCUUCAAAUGGUUCGCUGCGAUGGUGUCGCAUAUGGAGAGCAACCACGUCGAGCACUUUCUGAUGCAUAUACUGUCGCCGCUGUACCGCAUCGUGGAAGACGAUACGAUUCGCGAUCCUCACAUGGGUGAGUUGAAGACGUUGGCGACCGAGUUGCAGGAUCUGGUGCAAGCGAAGGUCGGGACGACCAAGUUCGCGAACGUAUAUAGCGAGAUCAGACAACACAUCGUCGGAGUUCAGAGGGAGCGUCGGAACGCACGAGUCACGCAGGCCUCAGCCCACCCUGAAGCGGCUGCGAAGAAGAAAAUUCACCGAAACGCCCUCAAGAAGGAGAGUCGUAAGCGCAAGGCCCAGACGUAUGCUGACAGCCAGGGCAGAUCGAAGCGACUGAGGGAAGACUGAGCAGUCUUCGAAUUGCUAGUUGCGCAAUGUUUGGACAUAUCAUGCACGCAUUCUCAUCACCGCAAGUAAAUCGCUAUCGUACAUGCCACCCUUGUAUACGAGCAAACGCAAUAUGAACUUCCAUAUACAGUUCUUGCGUAGAUGUUCGGUUGUACUGGCAGUGGAGCGUCCCAGCGAACAGACUGAUGGCGACGUAUUCUUGGUGAGCUUCACAACUACGAGACAGUAACUUCGCGAUUGAUACUGUAUCUUGCCGACUCGGACACGAACGUCCUCACUUCUGUCCAUUAUGCUCUAGUGGUUCGUGCGGAGAAACUUACCAAAUGGCGAGAAGCAGUGGUCGAGAGUAGUUUAGGGAAGAGCGCAAAGCCUUGAGUUGGCCUUGAUCGAGCUCGACAUUCUGGAGAACGAUCGUAUAGCUCGUAGCAGUACGGUCCCCGGCGCUUAGUGGGUUUCCCAAGGUUCUGUUGUGGCACGUGCGCUCAGACUCGAUCGUUUG